AUGAAUUCCUUCGUGUGGCUCGCUUGCUUCAUUGCCCUUACCAACGUCGUCCUGAUCCAGGCCCAAUAUGGCGGCUCCCAAGGUUACCCUGGCUAUGGUGCCCCUCCUCCUUACCCCAUCAUAGUGAAAUCAAACAACGAUGACGACGGUAUGAAGCACAUACUGCCGAUUCUUCUUCUUUUGCUAUGUGACAAUGGUGGUUUUGGCGGUUGUGGCGGAUUCGGAGGUGGUUGCGGAGGUGGUUGCGGAGGCGGAUGUGGCGGCGGAUGCGGAGGACAAAACAUUCCCAUCCCUUACCCUAUCCCUAUUCCUAUCAACAGCCCUGUCAUCACUAAUAACUAA